CUGGCUUUGCUUCUGCAUACUUGACUACUGCAUUCACUUUCUUACUUUCGUUCAAGAAACUUGAUUUACCUACUCUACUGCCUUACUUGACUUGACUUGACUUCCAACAAACCAAUCUACCUUACCUACACUACACUAUCCUAUACAGACCUCCAACCAACCACCAAAAUGUCCACCACAACCACCCUCUCCACGACGGUCACCUCCGCCGCGUCCGCCGCGUCCGCCACCUCCACCUGCGCGCAAAAGCUGUACGAAAUCCCCAUCAAGGACGCCGCCUGCGCCAUGCCCAUCGCCUACACCAACAGCUCGGCCAUCAUGAAGGGAUGCUGCGGCUCCGCCGAGGUCGUCUCCUACGACAGCUGCGACUACUACUGUCUGUCCGAGGACCAGAAGGUGCACGUCCUGGGCGAGUGUCUGGACAAGAUCGUCGGCGGCGGGAACUACUGGUGUAAUGCGAACGCCAACGCCACCGCCACCGGCACCACCAUCCCCACGACCGGCGCCGGCACCGUCGUGGCCAGCGCCACCGGCAGCAGCGAGACCGGCACCAAGAGUUCCAGCGACAGCUCCGGCACGAGUACCAAGAGCUCCAGCAGCUCGACCAGCAGCAGUGGUGCCGCCAGUGUCGGGGUUAGUGCGAAGUCCGUGGGCGUGUUGGCUAUGUUGGCUUUUGGGGCUGCCGCGGGGACGUUCUUGUGAAUUUGAAUUGGUUGGGGAGUUGGUUAUGGGGUGAGGGAUGGAUAGCGGGCUUGAAAAGGGUUGCUGUUGCUGUACAAUAUAUGGUGUGAGGCUAAAAGACUCAAGUUGUCUGCCUCUAGUACAUAUUAGCUUUGACAUUUGUUUUAAUAUCACCUGGGAC